CAUCUACUGUCAUGCGCUCUUUUAUUGUCGUGACAGAAAGAUUAGACAGAAACGAAUUUUUCUGAGACCGUGUAAACAAUGGAUUUUUUUGAAAUUUUACAAAAGUUUAAUGAAUUCUAAUUGUGGAAGCGUUGAAAGAGUCAUACACAGGUAGCGCUUACGCACUAUCCCUGUCUGGUAUCAUCAACAGCAUUGACAAAAAAUCUCAUACGGCGUGUUAUAUUGACUCUGGUAAAACAUGUUCGAGAUACGCAACAAAAACACUAUGGUCUUCACCUCCAUGGUUAAGACUAUAAAGCACAGUGUUGUAGGUACCUAUCCUUCUUGUCAUGUUCCGGCGCGUCUGGAGGAGCGACGUGCCAAGGCUCGGGCACUACGCCAAGAAAGACGCCGCAAACCCGAUAAGCCCGACGAUUUCGUGACUUAUGACGACUCUGGCAGUGAUGAAGAGACGCCACAACAACAAGAAGAAGUACUAAACACGUCAUUUAAUCUUUGCGAUUACUUACGCAGCAGAGAGACUGGUUUGAAGGAGCAACGCAGCUUCAAUUUUGAGAAUACUAGCCGUUAUGUGCUCACGCAUGAUAUGUUGCGAGAAACUCAAAUACAUCUGGGUUAUAUCAACAAGGUUUUUUGUUCCAAAUGGCUUAGCAAUAGGCAAGUGGUAUUUGGCACCAAAUGCAAUAAGUUACUUGUAUAUGAUGUGAAUAUGCGUCGCGUUGAUGCCAUCCCAACGCUUUCAAAUAAUCGGGCUAAUCACCCAGAGGUACAGGGUGGUUUACAUGCGAUUGAAAUCAAUCCAAGUCGGUCAUUCCUUGCCACUGGCGCACGCAAUUCUGCUGAUGUCGCAGUUUAUCGGUUGCCGACACUUGAUCCGGUUUGUGUGGGUGAGAACGGACAUCGUGAUCUAAUUAUGGGCAUGUGCUGGUUGGAUGAUCAAUUCCUGGUAUCGGGCUCAAAAGAUUCGCGGCUAUCACUUUGGCGUAUCAAUGAAGAUCUCAUGGACUUUCCAGAUGGCGGCAAGGAAGCAUGCCCUACAUUCGCCACUAUUAAUUCACUCUGUGUAAAAGAAGUGCGCACUGCACAGCGGAUUCGUUCACUCUGCUUCAAUAAAGAAUUUAAGGAGAUCGCAGCACUUUCACUUAAUGGCUACAUACAUAUUUUCAACGCAGAAACUUUUAAGCAAAAGCUAUCUCGCAAACUGCCCAAUUGUCAGGAUAAUGUGAGCAUAGCAUAUCACAGCGACGGAUUGUAUGCUGUUGGAUGCCGUUCAUAUACAAUACUUUUGGAUGCACGCACGCUGCAGACAAUCAAGAAGAUCACUUCACGCUACAAUGGCUGCGGUAUACGUGCAACCACAUUCGAAGGCAAUCUUCUCACAGUUGGCACCGGGCUAGGUAUGCUACUAUUCUACGAUAUUCGUGCUGGUAAAUAUUUGGAGAGCAGCGUAAAUGCCUCUCGUACAGUAGCGUUGAAAUGUAGCAAAGGUAUUGUGUAUCCUGAGGAUGAAAUGGAUGGCUUCCAACAAGUAAAAUAUGUACCAGCUAUUUACACACACUGUUACGAUAGCACUGGCAUGCGUCUAUUUGCCGCUGGUGGGCCCCUGCCAGCUACACUUGUCGGCAACUAUGCAGGUGUUUGGCAGUAGUGCAGCAAAGAAACAAACAAAAAAUUAGAUAGCUGUAACUUAGCUGAAAUGUUCAGAUAAUCAGAUAAUCGUAUCUGUGUGUGAUUUUGGAAGCGUUUCCACCUUUAUUUUACAAAUUUUUAUUAAAACGCGUUUUACAACUAGUAGGAAAAUAUUUUUUUAUUACUACAAGUAUUUUAAUUUCAUGCAGCAAUAAAUCGAAAUGCUUCAACUUGCUACCAAUUAUUAUUUCUUUAAUAAGCAAUGCCUUCUGUUGGGGAUUUUAUAAUAAAUAAAAGCAAAUAAUUCUUUAAUGAAA